AUGGGUCGCAAUCGCCUCCUCACCUUCCUCCCCUUUGUCAACUGGCACUCGAACGCCUGGCUCGCAUCACAGCUCGACGCAGGCUGGUGGAACACGCUCAACGACGGCGAAAUGUCGGCAAUGUUCGCAUGGGCGAGCGCGUUGACGGGGUACGCUGCGGGCGAGCCGGCGAGCGCACAAGCUCAUGAGGUGCCCGCCUUUCUGCGAGCGAAGGAGAUGGCGCUUGUCGCAAAGGAGGACGCACGCGUCCCGCUGACGGCCGAAGAAGACACGGAGCUCGAGGUCUGCAACGGCUUGAAGACGAUCCUCCGCGAGGCUCAUCAACAGCAUGUCGCGCAUCGUGGCCAGCAUUCGCUCGGAACUCGUUCGGCACGCGAGUACCGCCAGAUUGGGUUCAGGGCUGCGCGACGGUACGGCUUCUCGAGGCAGGAGUGGGCCAGCAGAUUGUGA